AUGUUCCCUGCUCAGGAGGAGGCGGACAGGACGGUGUUUGUGGGGAAUUUGGAGGCCCGAGUGCGGGAAGAAAUCCUCUACGAGCUGUUCCUUCAGGCUGGGCCAUUAACCAAAGUGACUAUAUGCAAAGACAGAGAAGGAAAGCCGAAGUCCUUUGGAUUUGUCUGCUUUAAACACCCAGAAUCAGUGUCAUAUGCCAUAGCUUUGCUGAAUGGAAUUCGUUUAUAUGGAAGACCAAUUAAUGUGCAGUAUCGAUUUGGGAGUUCUCGUUCUUCUGAACCAGCUAUUCAAAGUUUUGAGAGCUGUGUUAAGAUCAAUUCACACAGCUACAGAAAUGAAGAAGCCAUGGGCAGUUCUUUCUUUCCCAUGCAGUUCUUUCCAACUAAUAAAGCAGCUUUACCUCAAGAAUAUUUUUUCUUUCAGAAGAUGCAGUGGCCUGCAUGUAAUCCAAUGCUGCAGCUUCCUUACUGUGAGAUGACAGCACCCCUUCCAAAGAACACUGCUGUGCCUCCUUCACUAAACCAUGUUCCAAAUCUAGAGGCUGGACCCAGCUCUUAUGAAUGGACUCACCAACAACCACAUGACCUUGACUUUUACAAAAUUAAUAAACGAAAGAGGCAAAAACAAACUAGCGAUAGUGAUAGUAGCACAGAAAACAUUAAAGAAAGUGAAUAUAGCAAAAAGUUCCAAAAGUGUAAGAAGAAAAGAUAUUAA